AUGGCUUCGAUUUCGGCAUUUCGUUUGCUUGCUACACUGCUGUUACUUUCCCAGACAAGUGCUCGCAGGUGCCCUCCUCGGCACAAGUUUAUCAAUGGUUCCUGUUACAACCGCUGCUCAGUAGUGUGCCCGAAUGUAGAUCUGCCUUGUGAGCCAUUCUUGGAAGCAUCGUUGUCAACUGGUGAUCUUUCUUCCUGGAUUGCUGCAGAGAAUGCUCCCUGUUUUCAGAGAGAAUUUGACCAGAUCACAGGGGCCAAGUUCCUUAGAACAUCCUGCAGGUGCCCUGAGAGAAUCUACACUAACACAAGUAACCCUGGAUCCCUCUCCAACUGCAUCUUGUCUGAAAUCACUGAAGAAAACUUGGAGAUAAACUUUGGCCGGCUGUCGCAGGUACAACUUGGUGUUGUGAGGGCAUCAGGAGAGGACAUCGACUUUCAAGGAGACACAAGAAGAAACAUGAUUUGUGUCGUUGAUACUGCAGAAGAUGUCGAGUUUGGCACCAUGACAAAGUUUAGUUACAACAUUAUAAACACUAUGAUAAUAGGAGACGAUCUUCAGUUUGAGCCAGGGGUGGUUGUUGGACCCUACAAUGUCUUCAAAAGCAUUAGCAUACACGACGAGUUUAGCUUUGUAGAUGACGAACCAAGCGAAGAGGUUAGAGUUAUUAGAAAUUACUGGAAUACAGUGAGAAUGGGAGAAUGUGACAUUGAAUCAGAAAUACAACCCCUCGUAAUUGGUAAUGUUUGCAAUGCAGUGACUGUUGACGACACCUCUUCUUGUCUGAUCCCCCCAUUGCUUGGUGGCUUUAGCUGCCUUAAUGAGGCUGACAAUAACGAAGACUGA